GUUCUUAAGACCAUCCCACUCUAUCAUAAAAACCAGUUUUUCUAAAAUGACAACAGCAAUAACUCCUCAAAAAAUCAUCAAAAACUUCUUUGCUACUGCUACUGAACCAGAAAAGAAUUCAUUCAAUUUCACUGAACAAGAACGCAACCAAAUUCUUGAUUUACUUAAUUCUAAAACCAUCGAUAGUUUAUCCAAAUACGACAUUUCUAAAGCCAAGCUAAAUAAAGUCGAAGCUUGGAAGCUAAAACAUGGAAAAUUUCAAAAUAUCAAUGAAAUUCUUCACGUUGAUACUUUUUCUAUAAAAAUAGCUGAGAAAUUCUACAAAAGCUUAUUGGGUGAAGAACCAAUAAAGAAAUCAACUCGAAAAGCUGCUCCAUUUGUUAUACCAAUUUUACCGGAAACACAAAUUCAAGAAAUCAACUCUUGUGUUUCUAUAAACAUUGGAGUGUCCAGUGUUAUCUGGUCACGUUUAGAGCUGAAUAAAGAUGGUCCCUGUAAUUUGACACAUUGGGAAAGACAUGACAUCAACGACAAAAAGCUACAUUUGCGUGAUUUAAUUGAACGUUGUUUAUACGUUGACUAUUUAAUCCCUAAAGCUGAUUGUUAUAUCUUUGAGAAUCCACAAAUUGCUCAGAGCAGUGCUCCAGGCAAUGCUGAGCAAGUUAAUAUUAAUGUUCAACGUUCCCAAUUGCUUGCUAUUUUGGGUUAUGCUUUGGCAAGUCGAAAUACUUCGACAGAACGUUCAAAACCAAAUAUCUUUUAUUUGAAAAGAUUUUUGGCGGCAAGAUUGUUCCAACAAUUGAUUGGAACUGAACGUGUUUCAGCAGAAAAAGCUAUAUUAAAUCUAAUGAGAACUUACUACAAUAUCGAAGAUAUGGUGGAUACAGAAGAUCUUCCAGAAAAUGAAAAUGAAACGUUUUCUAGUCGCGGAAAUGUGUAUUUUCCCGAUGAAUUGAGAGUAAUGUAUAAAGAAGCUGAGAGAUAUAAUCGAGAGUUCCUAGGACAGGCAUUAUUGUUAAAUUUGGCAUUUGUAAGAUUGGUUUUGUUAAAAGAUGCAAAAUCUUUAGCUUUAGUUAGAGGCAAUACUAAAAGCAAUGAAACGUAAUAAAAUUUGAUUUUAAGAAACAAA